AGAAUCACAAACAGAACCGGGAGGUCCAAGCCUCAUACUGGCCCGGAUGCUGGCCACGCUCCCAGGCGAUGAUUGGUAGCUGAGUUUUGCGAGCUCUGAUUGGCUGAUUGGGUCAACCGCGAGGUUUGAAACGCGUAGGAAAAGCAGAAGGAAGAAAUUUACAGAGAUCUGUCGCGACUCGUACAGAAAGUCGAGAUUUAACAGACGGAGCUCAGCUAGCCGAGUAGAACAGAGCACCGAGGGGAAAGAGCCAGGACCAGCACAUGACUACUAUGGCCCAUGGACUUGCUUCCCCAGUAGGGCUGCUAUCUGAUGAAGAAGCUGUUGUCUCUCCUGUGCUGGAAUCCACUGCUUCAGAAUGUGCGGCUGGCUUGUGCAGAGCUCUCCUGCCAGAUUUCUCUGCCAUCUCUGCAAGCAGUGAGCAGGCUGCUUCUGUUGACAAUGGGAAAGUGAAGGUAUAUGCAAGAGUGCGGCCCCUGAAGCCAGCUGAGGUGGAAAAACAUGAGGAUCAAGGCUGCAUCUGUAUUGAGAACACUGAGAACCUUCUUCUCAAAGCACCCAAGGAUUCCUUCACUAUGAGAAACACUGAACGAGGGGUUGGUCAGGCAGUGCACAAGUUCACCUUCACCCAGAUCUUUGGGCCAGAGGUGGGCCAGAAGUCUUUCUUUGAUGCAACAAUGAAGGAUGUGGUGAAGGAUGUGCUCAAUGGGCAGAACUGGCUUGUUUACACCUAUGGAGUCACUAACUCAGGGAAGACUUACACCAUCCAGGGUAGUGGUACUGAUGGGGGGAUCCUGCCGCGCUCCCUGGCCAUCAUAUUCAACAGUAUCGGGACGCGGCUGUACCAGGCCACAGAUCUGAAGCCCUUCCUUUCGAGUGAAGUAACCUGGCUGGAUAGCAAGCAGGUUUGUCAGGAGGAAACCAAAAAGCAGGCCCUGCUAUGUGGUGGGAUGAAGGAGGAGGAGUUGCUUACCUCCUUGAGCAAAGGUCACAGCGGAGCAUCCCAGCUACAAGCAGCUGCAAGUGGAAGCAUUGACAGUGGCAUUGGCGGCCUCUCCUCCACCUGCCAGUUUGCUAAUCAGACAAACACCAGCCAGCUGGAAGAGACGGGGCCUCGCUGGGCUGAUCCAGAUAGUGUCUCAGUGCAAGCUCAAGAGGACGUGCAAUUUUCCAUCUGGGUCUCCUUCUUUGAGAUCUACAAUGAACUGAUUUAUGACUUGCUGGAGACGACUGCAUUUGGCCCAAACCGCAAGAGACCCACUUUGCGGCUGUGCGAAGAUCAGACGGGCAAUCCCUAUGUCAAAGAUCUGAACUGGAUCAAUGUUCAAGAUGCUGAUGAGGCCUGGAAACUGCUGAAACUGGGUCGGAGAAAUCAGAGCUUUGCCAGCACCCACGUGAAUCAGCAUUCUAGCCGCAGUCACAGCAUUUUCUCUGUUCGCAUCCUACAUCUCCAGGGAAGUGGUGGAAUGGUUCCAAAGAUCAGUGAGCUGUCCCUCUGUGACCUAGCAGGCUCGGAGCGCUGUAAAGAGCAGAGAGCUGGGGACCGCCUGAAAGAAGCAAAUAACAUCAACACCUCCUUGCACACAUUGGGCCGUUGCCUCACUUUGCUGCGCCAGAACCAGCAAACGAGGUUGAAGCAGAGUGUUGUGCCCUUCCGGGACAGCAAGGUAACCCGUGUAUUCCAAGGCUUCUUCACCGGACGAGGGCAGUCCUGUAUGAUUGUGAAUAUUAGUCCAUGUGCUUCAGCAUAUGAUGAGACCGUCCAUGUGGCGAAGUUCUCAGCUAUUGCUAGCCAGCUUGUACAAGCUCCUACAAAGGUGGGACUUCUGUCCAUCCAGUCACUCAUCAAGGAACACAGCCUUCAAGCUAAAAAGAUCUCUAUGGCUGCUUUGGAUCAAGAAACAGAAUCUGAUGAGGAGAGUGAGGAUGAAGUGGAUGUGACCACAUACGACAAAGAGGACUUGUUGCGUGUGGUCGAGGCUGUGCGAGGUCUUCUGCUGAAAGAGCGCCAGGAGAAGUUUCAGCUGGAAUUGCGUCUCCGUGAAGAGAUCUGCAAUGAGAUGAUGCAGCUGCAACAACAGAAGGAAGAAUGGAACAGUGAGUAUGUGGAUGCCCAAAAGGAGAUGCUGCAGGAGCUAUACGAGGACAAGCUGAAAAAUCUGAAGGAACUGUUGACGGACCACUAUCAGGAGGAGAUUGAGAAUCGGGAUGAAAAGAUAAAAGAACUGAAGGAUGCUGUGCAAGAAGCAAAACAGCAACAAGUGUCCCAAGACACAAAGCAGCCAGAUCCUGAGGAGACUCUGCGUAGGUCCAAACGAGUGGCGGCGGCAGCAGCAUCUGGCCAGCAACAGGAAUUGCUAGAGACAAAAGCCCAGUUAGAGCAAUGUCAAGCAGAGCUGAGAACAGCUGCAGAAGAUUUGGAGGAAAGGGGCGAGAUUUCCAUGCUAACAGUCAAGCUUGGGGUCGUCCACGAUUCCAGUUGUGCAAUCAACAGCAACCAGCAGUGCAAAAUACAGGAUCGGCUACCCAUAGAGGUGGAAGGCAACAAAGCAGUUCUGACUUAUUGCUGAUACCAUUGGGAGGCCGCCUACUGAGAUUUGCACAACAUUGGCAGACGACAACAUCAGACCACUGGGUAAAAAAUGCCAUGCAGUACGGGUAUCAGAUAGAGUUUCAGGCUAUGCCUCUAAACACAUUUAUUCCAUCACCUAGCUCGACGAAUCCAGAGAAGCACAGGCAAGAGGCAACAGAACACCUGUUGCAGAUAGCAACCAUAGAACCGGUUCAGCAGAACCAGAUGUUUUGUGGCGUUUAGUCCAUCUUUAUCAUGCCGAAAAAAGGGAAUGAUUGGAGGGCGGUGCUUGAUCUAAAAUUAUUCAACAUAUUUGUAAGAUACAGGAGAUUUUGCAUGGAAACAUUGGUAUCCAUUGUCAAAGACUUGUCCCCUUGGGGUCCCUUGUCCUUAGUUCUCCAAGAACUGUUCUCUUUGCUUCCAAGAACAGUCCCAAUUCUGCUGGGUCUCUGCUUCUCGGGCAAAACUCUCCCUCUUCCUGGAGUAAUUACUCACGACAGUACUGCCACCACCCUUCCUCCCGGUUCCUUUCUCGUCUAUUAAAGGAUAGUUUAUUUAAAGGUAAACAGCAUUGUAUAUACAAAGAGAACAAUAGUUUGAUUCCUUAAAGCUAUCACCCUCAGAUGGGUUACAUGAGGUACAUUGGCAUGACAAAAGGGGAGAGGUUCAAUACAGACAAAAGGGUAAAAUAAAGAACUCACUAGCUAGGUCCUAUACUUACAUAGAUCAGCCUGGUUCCCGAAAAGGCUUUCUCUGUCAUAUUUCAGCGAGUCCCGGUAGAUGGAAAAUAGGGAACUGCCCUUGGAAGUUUAUCCUUCCUUUUUUAUGGGGUUUAACCGUCAACAAGGAGAAGGGAAAGCAAAUAGUCAUAUCCCCCCCUGCAGGGGUCUACUCCUUUGAAGAUAAGGGAGCUAGACAUCAUCACCCAGGGGUUCUGAUCUACAGCGCCCCCUCUUCUUGACUUCUAUUCCCAGGAAGCUGAUAAGGAAUAACAGCUAGGGAUCAGUUACAUCCCCCUGCCCAGGUUGCAAAUUGCCUGUCUGACACUGAGCUGCGGAUCUCCCCCAGUAGGGAGUCCUAGGUAAUCAUGGGCUCCCAGAAUUCUCUCUGGUGACCCAUUCCAGCUUGACCAAAGUUAGCUAUUCUUGACAUCCAUAAAAGAAGCACUUCAGCCUCGGGACUUCUUAGCUUCCAUAGAUAUAAGUGAGGCAUAUUUACAUGUAGCAAUCCAUCCAUAGCACUGCAAGUACCUCUGCUUUGCCUCUGGCAAUCAACACUAUCAGUACAGGGCGAUGCCCUUUGGCUUGGCAUUAGCGCCAAGGGUCUUCACAAAGAUAAUGGUGACCCAUGUCACUCAUCUCCGUCAAGAGGGGUUGCAUCUCUACCCAUAUUUAGAUGACAUUCUGAUUCAUUCACAGACAGUACAGUCAGCUUAUCAGGACAUUCACACCAUACUAGCAGUUCUCCAGGAUCACAGAUUCUUGGUGAACAUACCAAAGAGCCAUUUGUUCCCUCAGCAAUGUCUGCAGCAUUUGGGACCAAUGAUAGAUAUGGAAGGGGAGACAAUAUCUCUUUCAGAAGAGAGUGCAGAAGAUAAAGUUGGUGGUUCAACCAUUGCUGGGAAGACCGCAGAGGACAUCAUGGUCUUAACAAAGGUUUUAGGGAUGCUCGUUUCCACUAUCCAAGUUACACCAUGGGCCAGAUUUCAUGUUUGGCCUCUACAAUGGACACUGUUACCAUACCAGUGGCAGAUAGCACAUUCCAGGCAUUUCCUGGUUCCACUGACUUUACAACUGAGGGCUGCUCUUUGUUGGUGGACAAAGGAUUGCAACCUACGCAGAGGUGUUCCUUUAAAGGACCCACCAUGAGACACUGACAUCAGAUGCAAGUCUCCAGGGGUUGGAAGCUCACUGCAGAGGUCAAAUACUGCAGGGAUCUUGGUCUCCUCAGGAAUCAAAGCAUCAACUUACUCGAGCUUCAGGCAGCACGAUUGGAGCUGCAGCAUUUUGUGCCUUUAUUCCAUCUCAAGCAUGUACUGUUGAGGACAGACAACAACUGUGUGACAGUGUUCAUAAAUUGUCAGGAAGGGACAAAAUCACUAGUGCUUCAUCUGGAGGCAUCACGACUGAUUUCCUGGGCACAGCACACUCUACAGUUGUUGACAGCAGAAUAUAUAAAGGGAGUAGACAAUGUACAAGCGGACUGGUUAAACAGACAGGAGGUGUUGCAGGGAGAGUGGCAGCUGCACAAAGAUGUGUUCAAAAUGAUCUGCAAGAGGUUUGUAAGGAUGGAUGUGGACCUUUUUGCUUCAGAUGUCAAUCAUCAACUGAAGAGAUAUUACACUUGGUACCCUUCACUGAAAGCAGAGGGCAUAGAUGCCCUAAACUCCCCUGGGCCAACGGGAACACUUUACCUCUUCCCUCCUUUUCCAUUGUUAGUUCAGGUGAUGAAAAAAGUAAGGAUGGAGAGGGUUAAUGUUGUUCUAGUAGCACCAGAUUGGCCAAGGAGGUCAUGGUUCUUAGAGCUUGUCAACCUAUCUGUCGGGCCCCCAUGGGUCUGCCUCUUCGCCCAAAUUUGCUGCUACAGGGGCCACUUCAGCACCCCGAUCUGCAAUGGUUGAGCUUGACCACAUGGAAGUUAAGCGGAGCAAACUGCUGAGAGCUGGGUUGCCCACUGAGGUGGUAACCACAAUAUUGGCAUCUAUGAGACCGUUCACAAUACAAAACUACCAGUAUACCUGGGCGGCAUUUUUGAAAUGGUGUAGUAGGAACCACAUUACGGCUCGGAAGUCAGGAAUUACGGAGGUGUUAUUCUUUUUAAAUGAUAGUUUGAAGCACAGGUUGAGACCCAAUACUUUGAGAAGACAAGCAUCUAUGUUGUCAACAGUGCUUUCUAAGUCUUCUUUUGAAUCACUGGGCUCUCCAUAUCUGAAAUGAUUUUUAAGAGGGGCUUCUCUGAUGUCGGCGCCUGUUCAUCAUCGAUUUCCAACAUGGAAUCUUCACAAGGUCUUGUCAUCUCUCCAAAACCACAAUUUGAACCAUUGAAAACUUCUACUUUGCGAAUAAUAUCAUUCAAAGUGUUAUUACUGGUAGCAAUAACAUCAGCUAGACAAGUGUCUGAGCUGAGAGCUCUCAUAUUUCCCAUACCAACAGAGUCAUAUUGAGAACAGAUUCUGCUUUCGUUCCAAAAGUUAAUACAGCUUUUUACCGUCAGCAGGAUUUAGUAUUGCCAGUAUUUUGUCCUUCACCAAAGCAU